AUGCUGAAUCGGUGGUGCUCAGGCCAUCUUUACAUCUUACGAGGAGACGAGACCGUCAAAGAUCUCAGCCGAUCCCUCAGAGGCUGCUCUAGCAUGGCGGGGAAACCUGAGCUUGGACGCACUUCGAGCUUGGAAGCUGGCAUGGAUUGUGGCAUAAAUACGUCCUUCCGUCCUUGUAAAGUCAUGUACCAGUGUACAGAGAUCGUCCCUCAAUUCGCAUUCCCAGUCAAUCCUAACUCAGCAUUGUUCAAUAUGCGCUCCUCUACACCGAGUCCGCUCGCGGCCUUGAUGCUAUUUGCGUCCUCUGUCCUCUGUCAGAACCCCACAACUACGACGAUCAACCUUGGUUGUUACACCUCAACAGGCAUAACUAGCCAAAAGUCGGUGCCCGUUGUCGUCUACACUUCUACUGUGACAGACACAAUCACUUCGACCGUAGAUAUUGCGACGACUGCGACGCUAGCAAUCGGGAUCCCGGUCAAAACGACCAUAGACAAAUUGAACCCCAUAACCUCGACAACAACUCUUCCAGCCAAAACUACGACAGUACUAGUCACCACGGCAUUGCCUAAGAUUACUGUUACAAAGGUGACAUCAACGAGUACAGCGACUACAAUUAGCACAAUCACUCCAUCUAUCGCCUCGACUGCCACUUGGACAAUCACACCACCACCUGUCACCGUAACAUCCACCUCGCUAGUCACUGCACUAGGCGCAACGACUACAACAACAAUCACACCUGGUUGGGACCGCCUAAAGCGGCAUCCAGCACCGACGCCAGCUGCACCCCUUUUCCCCCGAGCCCAUGCCAUUGACCGCCGAGGGGGCUUCCCGCAGACGGUGUAUUGCGGAGUCGAAGUCUACGUUCGUACCACAGAGACCAUUACGUCGGUUACGCACACGGCCGUGAGCUAUGCCACUACAACCUCGACCUUUACCGCGACGAUCAAUGAGGUCGUGAGCACUCAGACAAUCACUCCAGCGAUCAGCACGAUAAGCUCGACCGUCACAGUCGCUUCAACCGUAGUCUCGACCUGCUUCCAGGGUGAAAAGACUACCACAACAACACAGUUCGUGACUCAGACGGAACCUGUUUCCACAGUCACAGUCACCGCCUCUCCCUCGACCGUCACCAGCACCGUCACCAGUACCAUCACUUCGCCCCCAAGUAAGUCUUCCCCAGCGCUGCAUUUACCCCAGCGGUACCGCAUUGAAUCGCACAACAACAAUCCUCGUCAGGAGACAAAGGGCCCGCUCGCUAUCUACCAGAUACCCCGUCCACCCCAAGACUCUAUCAUAUCCGCCUAG